GGUGGUCCUGUGCCGUGGUGCGUGCAGCCCUCAUCUGUUGUCGGCUCUGUUCUACUGAAACAUUCAGUCCGGCAGCCGUACCCUCCCGCAACCUCACAUCGAUCGUCCAAUCCCAAAAAAACUCGCCUGACCUGAUCAUGCGCAAUAGACCGUCUAUAACUACCCAGAAGCACCAAUAGGACAGGCGUUUAAUUAGUCUACGGGCAUCCUUGGUACGACCUUUAUUUUCUCACUUCUUUUAGGGUGGUGCUGCAAAAUGGAGGCCUAUCCUAGGACUGGUUCUACCUUCGUAUUUCUCUGCUUUUGGGUCCUCUCCGCUUUUGGACAAGACACUGGCUCGCAGCAAUGUCAAGACAAUGCCUGCUGCGUGCUUGGACCUCCAGGCAUCCCUGGAACCAAUGGCGUUCCUGGAAGCAAUGGAAUUCCCGGUUCUCCGGGACUUGGCGGGAUGGAUGGCGAGAAGGGGGAUCGGGGUCUACCGGGGAGGCCGGGAAAAUCUGGGGCGAAAGGAGAGAAGGGAGAGCCCGGGACAGGAGCAUCGUUACCCGUUCUCAACAUCAAGCAGUGCGCCUGGCAGAAGCUCAGUGAUGACCGUGACCAUGGGAAAAUCACGGAGUGUCCUUUCAACAAGCUCUCAGCCAACUCUUCUCUCCGGGUCCUGUGGAACGGAGCGCUCCGAGUAACGUCAACCAGUGGCUGCUGCAAGCGGUGGUACUUCACCUUCAACGGGAUGGAGUGUUCGGGGCCGCUGCCCAUCGAGGGACUGGUCUUCACAAACGCAGGCAAUGGCAUGAACGGACUCAACAUACACCGGGUUUCUUCCAUUGAAGGUAUCUGUAGUGGUGUUCCGAAGGGUCCGGUCAACGUCGAGCUGUGGGUGCGGAACUGUGAAGGCAUCAGCAACAGCGGCAACGCCUACACCGGCUGGAACUCCGUCUCCAGAGUCAUCGUUGAGGAACUCAUGUUGCCGAAAAACUCUGACGACAUGAAAUGAAGAGGAUAGUACACGUGAUUAUUACAUUAAGUGUCAAGUGCUGAAUAGAAAACAAGCUGUUCUGUCUGAUGUUGUGUACAUAAACAUCAGACAAUUUAUUAACUUCAUAUUGGUGAAGCAACAAAAUAUCAACACGGCGGAAAGUUGGCAGCUGCAGCUCGUUUUGUUGAGAAAAUUCAUUGAUACUUCAGUUGUUUGUGAUACUAGACGUUGCUGACUGUUAUGUUUGGAAAAUUUAUGAUGUACACUGUGAACAUGGGCUACAUGUAACGUUCUAGUUAGGAAACAAGGCGCAAUACUCCUUUAUAUUCAACGUUGACUUGUGUAUGUUAACAACUGACUGCACAUAAUACUGAAAAGAAAUCUAGUUACGAGUACUGUAACAGGAAUCCUGGCCCAUAAUGUCAAUAUAUUCCAUCUGAAAAUAGAACACUAAUGCUGUCUAUUGUAAAAUGAAAUUAGCUAUUACCAACUACGUAUACGAGAACAAAUCUAGAAUGUUCCAUACAAUGUAUUGAACUACGAGAAUACUUUGCAUGAAAAGUGAGUUUCGAUGUCAAUAUACGAUGGAAGAGCGUUGUAGACCUGGUGCUAGCACAAAUAGCAUAAAUUCAAGAUACUACUGAAAGGAUAUAUAACAAGGAUAGCAUAUUCGUCAAAAUCACUACUAGAUUGUGUAUAGAUGUAGAUCACAUUGUAAAGUCCUCAACCCAAACAGUGUGUCCGGAAUAAGUACUCCAUUGUGCUGACCAAUGAUCAUGCUAACUGAAAGACUUAAUCAACAAAGGUCUAUGAUGAAAUUGAUGAUAUAUGUGGAAAGCAAUAAAGCGUAAUAAUGUAAUUCAA